ACCCGCUGAUAUGCAGCUGGACUCCAUUGAACUAGCCUGGACAGUCAGAAUGGCGGGUUCCCUUUGGAUGCUGCAGUUCUGUUUCCUUACCUUCUCUCUCCAUCAGUCAGAGCAGUCAGUAUUUUGGCCGGCUUCUAAGGCAAAUGAAGUUAUAGUAAGAACGAAGCGUGCCAGAUCCUUUAUUUUGGAGGAGAUUUUAGAGGGGAAUUUGGAAAGAGAAUGCUUUGAAGAAAAAUGUGUUUAUGAAGAAGCAAGGGAAGUCUUUGAAAACAAUGAAAAGACUCACGCAUUUUGGAGCCAAUAUAUGGGUGUUUCUACAGCUGGCACUCCAUGUAUCUCCCAACCCUGCCUGAACAAUGGAAUAUGUCAGGAUUACAUCCGAAACUACAUUUGCAGCUGCCUCGAAGGGUAUGAGGGAACGAAUUGUGAAUAUGCUAAAAAUGAAUGUCAUUCCAAGAGAAGUAAAGGAUGUGACCACUUUUGUCGUCCAGGGCAGGAAUUUUAUAUGUGCAGUUGUGCAAAGGGUUAUAAACUUGGAAAGGAUCACAGAUCAUGUAUUCCAAAUGAGAAGUGUGCAUGUGGAAUCCUCAGUUCUAAAAGUAAUGUGACAUUGACAGAUGCCAAGCUGACUCUCCAAAAUUUUCCAUGGCAGGUCAAAUUAACAAAUUCACAAGGAAAGGACUUCUGCGGUGGUGUUAUAGUACAGGAAAAUUUUGUGUUGACUACAGCAAAAUGUUCACUCCUACAUGGAAACAUCAGUGUGAAGCUAAGUGAAGAUGGUACACCAGGAGCCCCACUGGAGAUUAAAAUAAAGAACAAGCACGUGCAUAUGAGAUAUGAUCAAGAAAUGAAGCAGAAUGACCUAGCACUGCUAGAGCUUAAUGAGCCCAUUCAAUGUGGCAGCAAUGGACUUCCCAUCUGUAUCCCUGAAAAGGAUUUUGCAGAACACAUUUUGAUUCCAGAGAAAAUGAACGUUGUCAGUGGCUGGACAUUCAAUGGAACAGAACUAGGUGAUUCGUUGAUUGACUUGCCUAGUGUAUAUUUUGAGAAUGAAAAAUGUGAAGAAAUACUCAAUGUGACAGUGACAACAAGGCUAUUUUGUGAGAAAAGCAAAGCAACAGUGGACUGGCAGUUGGUAGAGGGAAGUAUUGUCAUGGCUGAACAUAAAGGAACUUGGUUUUUGAUUGGUAUUAUGGUCUCUCUACCAACUGAAAAGCUGGGACCACUAUAUCUUUUCACCAAGAUUUCAAGAUAUUCAAUGUGGUUUGAGCAAAUAAUGCAAUAAUGGAAAAGCAACUGAAUAGAAAGAAUAAACUCUAUGGAAAAUACCCAAUUAUAACUGUGAUCCUGAGUUGAUCAUAAAUUGGCAAUAUUGCUACAGAAUUUUACACUUGGAAUACCCUUCUCCUCCCCCAAACCUCAUUUCUUUCUGGUGCCCAUUCUUUAUAGCUCAGCUAACAUGCCAGAUCUAGUUUAAAAAAAAAAAAAGAAACCAACAACCCCUUCCAUCCAAUCAGAAAUUAUCUUUCUUCAGAUCUCACCCUCCAAGAGGGCAAGAAAUGUGUCUAAUGGAUGUUUUUAUCUCCCCCAAUGCCUAAUAACAUGCUUUCUAGAAAUUAAAAAAUUUGAUGAACUGAACUGGCAGAGAUACUGUGAAACAGAUCUGGUAGAAAGCUGUGUGAUAUUUAUUUCUUUUUACUUUGCUUUAUAAUUCAUAUGAGAUGAAAUUAAAUUCUUUUAAAACUAGUAAAAUUCAGGUAUCCUCUAAAAUGAAAUGUUUACUAAUAACUACACAUACUAAAAAGAUAUAAACAGUAUUAAUCAAAGUACGUUUUUAAAAAGUGCCUUGUUUCAAAUCCAUAAAUAGAAGAAUAAAGUGUACUUUUUGUCUUGCAUUAAAGUCUGACAAUCAUGCUUCACUGUGUGGCAUAGAGGUGAUCCUGGGUACUCAAAAGCUAUGUCAGUGGAAUAGAAGCUGAUCAGUUCCCACCAAACCAGAAAAUCUUUUAAGGGCGAGCUUGGCAAUAGACUACAUGUCUAUUAUCAGAGGAACGCGCUAGCUAAAUUUUAAGUGGGAGGGACUUAUUACCAAAAGCUGUUUAAUAAGUCAUGCUUGUUUUUUUAACCAAGCUGCAGCAACUUUUGAAACUAAAGUGUAGAAGGGCCAUGAUUAAUGAUCUGUAUUGGUGGGGGAUUGCCCCCACCAAUAAAAUCAUGGAUCUGUAAAGUGUGAAAUCAAGUGUACAUGUAUAUGACACGAGAGGUAGUACGGGGAAUUGGAUGUGGAGCCUGCCUCAAAGCCAAGAAGGUUUUGAGUCCUAUUUUUGACCAUAUUGACUGUGUGACUCUAAGUCACUGUAUCUCUCAAUGUCCUAGGAAACUCUCUAAGACUGUAAUUUGCAGAGAAGAUACAGAUCUACAUUGACCAAAGAAUUUCCUCACCCAAAAUUCCUCUACACCAGAGAAAUCCCAAUCGUAUCCCAUGCCUGUAGAUAAUAAAGUCAAUCAAUGGAAAGCAAAGAUAAAUCUAAUUAUGAAAAAACUGAUAAUAAAAAUGGAUAACAUGUUUAUAGCAUGUUAUUGUUUGCAAAGAACUUUACAUAUAUUAUCUUGCUUGAUUGCCAGUGAAGUAGUUGCUUUAUCCUGAUUUUAUAGAUGGGAAACUGAGUAUUAGAGAGGUUAAGUGACUUGCCCACCAUCGUGCAGCUAAUGUGAGGUCAGGUCUUCUUGAUGCUAGGUUUUCUGCUCAAUCCACUGCACCAGAGAUGUCAAACAGGAAGCCUAUGAUACUCCCACAUGCACACAGAUUAAAAUGUAACUGGGAAAUAUUUAACAAAAUAAAAAUACAAUAGAACA